AUGAGAAUGAACCAACUUACCGAACCACAAAUCAUGGCCAUAAAUAAAGAAUUGUCUGAUAUAUCAGUGGAGGGACACUUGAAACAGAAGAUCUUAGACGACAUCAAAUUGAAACGUUCGAUUGGAUCUUAUGCUGGUCUGAGACAUGCAUCUGGUUUACCGGUUCGUGGUCAAAGAACGAGAAAUAACUCAUCUACGGCUCGUCGCUUGAAUAGAGUAGAGAGACACUUGUAA